AAAUUUUUCGCAGACGCUUUCUUGAGUGGUUGACCAGCCUAGAAAAAUAUAGUUUCGCUCAUUAAAAACGUUCGAAUUGCAAUGAAUUCCAGCAUAACAAUUGAACGUAAGCGUGUUGAUUGCAAUUCGUUGCCGAAAGGAUGGCAGCGGGAAGAAGUGCUCCGUAAGUCUGGUAUAUCGGCUGGUAAAGUUGAUGUAUACUACUACAGUCGCGCCCCACGCACAGACGCUUCACUGGUGCCGCCUAUACGUCAGACCGCGUCAAUUUUUAAACAACCAGUAACUGUAGUACGUAAUCAUGAGCAUACAAAGGUUCGAAAUGAUAACACCAAACAGACAAGUGGCCAGGAGAAACCAAAGCAAAUGUUCUGGGAGAAACGAUUAGAGGGUUUGCGCGCAUGUCAUCCUACCGGCGAAGAAUUCGAAGAUAUCGUUUUGCCAAAAAGUAUACGCACCAUUGGUCCAAAUGUUAGUGAGCAGACUGUACUGCAAUCGUUGGCUACCGCAUUGCAUGUGCUCAACGUGCCUGUUAUGGGACAAGCCUCCACAAAGACUGAGAUGAAUAAAAAUGCUCCGGCAUUUUUGAAUCCAGAACAACCACUAAUGCAAGCUGUUCUAGUGUCAGAAGACGAUAUACGGCGCCAAGAGGAUCGGGUUAAUGCGGCUAGAAGAAAGCUCCAAGAUGCUCUUAAAACUUAAA